AUGGCAAAUAUCGAUAAACUUCAGUUUCCGGCUCUCGAAAUAACUGGAGCUAAUUACACGGCAUGGAUCCCAAAUAUGGAGUUUCAUCUAGAUUCGGAGAAAAUACUCGAUACAAUCAAAGAAGGAAAUGAAUCAGCCUCUCAUGAAAAGGCUAAGGCCGUAAUAUUUCUGAGGAAACACCUAGAUGAAAACCUUACGCAUGACUAUGCAAGAAUAAGAGAUCCUCUAGAUAUUUGGAAGGCUCUGAAAGAAAGGUUCGAUAACCAAAAGAAAAUAACUCUUCCCCAUGCACUCGAUGAGUGGGCAAACCUACGGUUUCAAGAUUUUCAAAAGGUGAAAACGUACAAUUCUGCUAUAUUGAGAAUAGGAGCGCAAUUAGAAUAUUGCGGUAAGCCCGUGACGGAAGCAAAAAUGCUUGAAAAAACUUACCAAACUUUCCACAAAAAUCAUUAUGUUCUACAAGAACAAUACAAAAACCACGAGUAUACAAGGUUCUCCGAACUCGCUAUGGCGCUCAUGAUACCGGAGAAAAAUAAUGAACUCCUUAUUAAAAACCACAAUACCCGACCCACGGGAACCAAAGCAUUUUCUAAGGUGAAUGCAAAGGAUGUGAAAAUUCCGGAAAGAGGAAAUUAUUCCUAUCGUGGUCGUGGUCGUGGCCGUGGUCAUCAAUUUAAUCGUGGUGAUGAAAAGAGUUACAACCCAAGAGGAAGGAGGUCCAACCCAUGGAAUCGAUCUGACCGGAAAAAAGGGAAAGAAGCCCAAGAAAAUCUUACUCGUAAAAACGAGAACGUCUGUUACAGAUGUGGAUCGAAGGGACAUUCGUCUCAAGUAUGCCGAACUCCUCAACAUCUAUGUAAGUUGUACCAAGAAACUAUCAAAGGCAAGGCAAAGAAAGUGAAUCUUAAUGAACACUUUGAGGGUACAACAUCUACAUACCUUGAGUCCUCCGACUUUAUGGGAGAUUUCAACGAGACCACUCAUCAAGAUAAUUAA